AUGCACCUUUUCAGUACUUUCCUAUUGGUCAAUUGCGCUGUUUCCGUGGCGCAAGCAUGCAUUCCAUCGCAGAUGAGAAACAUGGAACCAGGACCACCAGGACCGGAUGGGCCUGAUGGAAAAGAGGGACCUGAAGGACUGAGAGGAAUAAAAGGUCCUCGGGGAAACAUGGGACCAGUUGGAGAGCGAGGAGAGCGAGGGCCAAGUGGAGCGCAAGGUCAAAGAGGUCCAGAGGGACCACAAGGUAUUGAAGGGCCAAUGGGAACAAGAGGACCAAUGGGUGGUGGUGGGUAG